AUGUGCAAUGCCAUUCCAUGUGUGGCCACACUAGAUCCGCGAGUAUCAAGCGUCGUCACACUAUCUGCGCACAUCGUCACGCUGCUCACGCGUGAUGUGCUCGUUGACGUGCAGAUUCGCGCGUCGUUCACGCUGGUCGCGCACACUGUUUCGUGCGUCGUCCGCUGGCUUGCAUUUUUUGCUCCUCGUUGGCGAUGCGUGUGCGACCAUGAGCUCUCGACACAAGCAGGUCAUGUCACAGAUGAUGUCGGUGUUUCUACUCCAGCUAAAGAAGGAAUUAUGCAAGGAAACGGAGCACGAUGCAUUGUAGGGUUUCCUCCAUGCAAAGAUAACAAGUGCUACUGCUGCAUUGGGGGGCGAACUCAUGCUCGCUACUCUACGAUGGCUGAGUGUAGACAUGCCUGCUUCUAAACAAAAAUUAAGAUCGUUGUUAUUAUAUACAUUGUAAUGGUAGGUAAUGCUAUUAAUAAUAUAUGGGAAUUUUAGUUUUGGUAUUAUA